CCCCCCCCCCCAAACCGCCGCCGCUUUGUGCCUCAGUUUCCCCCCCGCCACGAGCGAUGCUCGUGUCCCCAGUCCCCAGCAGGAGAGGGCUGCGGGGCAGCCAGGCGUUAUUCAGUGCCGGGAGCGGAGCGCUGAUCUGUGAUUGCAGUCGCUAAUUGGGAGCCGUGGGGGCAGCUCGCAGGAGCCGGCGGUUCCUAUUUUUUUUACGGGCUCCAUAGGUGGAAUUUGCACUCGCUUUAUGGCUGCGGUCACCCGAGAGCUCAGGAAUGGGAAUUCCUACCCAGGCGGGCACUGCUCCCGGCGGGGAGCCCAGGACACCCCGUAAUCGCUGCGGGACGCGAGGGAGGGGGUUUCCAGGGUGCCAAAGCCCUGCUCCUCCCGGGAGAGGCUGCCCGCCGCGGGUAGAGCCAGGCCCCUUACAGCCGAGGGAGAGAAGACGGAGCCGCGCUGCCUCUGCCCAUCCUGCCCGUCCCUCCGGGCUCAGCUCCGGCAGCAUCUCGCACGUGGGGCUGUGGGCGUUAAAUGAACCCGACCCGCUUUGGGAGCUGCCGACGGCUCCGCGAGAGCAACCUCUGCUUUGUCAUUUCUGUCUUAUUAAGCGCGAGAGCCUCAGCUCGAAGCUCACGCUGGCAAAAAUCAAUGUUUUCGCAUCGAAGGAAAUACUUACAAACCUCUGUGUUUUUCCUGAGGGCUGUAAAUAACACCGCGUGCGGCAGCUCGCAUGGCGCCGGUGACAGCGGCUCCGUUACCGCUUGCUUAAUUCACGCCCUCGCAGAGCCCCGGCCGCCCUCGAGCUCGGGGAGCCGGCAGCUGGACGAUGCCCGGGAAGCCGGGACUCAACUCGCACCAUCGCCCUUGCACCACUGUCCUUGCACCAUCGCCCUUGCGUGACCGGCUGCAGCAAGAUGGGGCCUUGGCCCCGUGGCAAGCCAGGCUUUGCUCCCCAGAGCCCGGCGUGCGCUCCGUGGCAGGACCGAGGAUCCCCGGAGGGGUCCGGGACUGGCCGGUGGCUCGGCCGGCGGGCUCCGCGGGGUUGUUCGCAGUGGGGACGGGCUGGGUCCUGCGCUAGAAUAACCGACGGGGGCCGCGGAUGAGACCCCCCCCUCCUCCCCUCUCUGUAUCCGCAGCCAAUUUAUCCGCAGCCGUUCUCGCACCAGCAGCAUCCUUUAGCUUAAACAGCUCUUCUCCCCUCCCCGGCGAUGUAUUUAUAGCGCGAUCCCAUCCCUUCCCCGCUCUCGCUUUGCCAGGCUGACCGUGCCACGUGCAGGCUCUUGCGUAAGCACCCCCCCGUCUCUGCCCAUCCAUCGUGGCGCGGGAGCCAGUUGUUAUCGCGCCGUUCUCGCCUCCCUGUGAUUUGUAGCUCCGCGAUUUCCAGGGGCAAGAUGCAUCUCCGGGGUCGGUGGCGUUUUAUUCAUUCGCGGCAGUUUUUAAAGCCGUAAUCUGCCCGAGAUGAUCGAUUUAGUCCCGCCGAGGUGCCGGUGAGUCGGGCUGUAGGUGAGCAGGGGGUGAGGUUUCUGGCUUGCCGAAUUAUUCACCUCCGCGCGAUGCUCGUGCUGGCUCCGGAGGAAGCCGAGGCGGCGGCGGAACGAGCCCGAGCUCUGCCGGCACGGGUGUACCGGGGCGGGCAGCGCCGGCGAACGGGACUUCAACGCGUGUCGGCGGGUGCUGCAAAGCGGCCGUGCCACCCCGGCCUCGGUGGGCGCCGGGCUGUACGCCAGCACACGGCUGUGCCGGCUGCAGCGGGUGACUCAGCCGUCACCUGGGUUGUCCCGAACUCACCCUGCAGGAAGUGAGUCAGGUUUUAAGGAAGAAAAAUGUUAAAAGGAUGGGGCAAGAGUCCUUCCUGCACCAGGAGGAGGGCGGCACCGGUCGUAGGAAGGAGACGGGGAUGGAGGGUCACGGGCGAUGCUCAGAGAUGGACACCUUCAGCACCAAGAACCUGGCCCUGCAGGCCCAGAAGAAGCUCUUGAGCAAGAUGGCUACUAAGACCAUAGCCAACGUCUUCAUUGAUGACACCAGCAGCGAGAUCUUGGAUGAGCUCUACCGGGCCACCAAGGAGUACACCCACAACCGCAAAGAGGCCCAGAAGAUCAUCAAAAACCUCAUCAAGAUCGUCAUGAAGCUGGGCGUGCUCUACCGCAACGGGCAGUUCAGCCCCGAGGAGCUACUGGUGAUGGAGCGCUUCCGCAAGAAGGUGCAUACCUUGGCCAUGACGGCCGUCAGCUUCCACCAGAUAGACUUCACCUUCGACCGCAGGGUCAUGUCGGGUGUCCUCACGGAGUGCCGGGACCUGCUGCACCAGGCUGUCAACGGCCACCUGACAGCCAAAUCCCACUCCCGCAUCAACCACGUCUUCAAUCACUUUGCGGACUAUGAGUUCCUCUCGGCUCUCUACGGGCCAUCCGAGCCUUACCGCACCCACCUGAAGAGGAUCUGCGAAGGGGUUAACAAGAUGCUGGAGGAGGACAACAUAUGAGGUUGGCCAAGAUGGGCCAUCAGCAGCGGCUGCCGGACUCUGCCUCCUGUGGGACUGAGGACGGGAUGUACGCCUGUUUUGAUCAUCACCAGGCUUGACAUCCUCUUCUCCUCUGUAGUGCUAACUCAUUUUCUCCUCAUUUCUACAAAAGACUGAACCUCUUGACUUUGUCUAACCCUUGCCCAGGGUCUGCAAACCCCUCCCUGCGCUGGGCCGAGUCCUUUCCAGAUGAUCCUGGGCUUCUGGACUCCUGCUGUACAGUUUGAUUUCCUUUGCCCACCAAGUGCUCUUAGCUCAGAGUCCAAGGAACUGGGGACUCCUCACCUUGAACUCUGUCGUAACCUUCCUGGGGGAAAACCAAACCAAAGACCUGCGGUGCAUCAACACCUCCAAGGUGUCUCUGAGCGGGUGGGCGGUUGCUUGGAUGAACGGUUGGGAGCCCCUGUUACCGGAGGGUUGUGGAGCCCCACGGUUGUUCUUCAGCAGCUCCAUGACGUGGUGGGAGCAAAUCAUGGUCCAGGCUUGUGCUGCCCAUGGUAGGAAGGUGCUUCUGCACCUUGGAGGCUAGAAUGGGCUUUGGCCUCUUAAAAGACAAGUCCUUGAGACAGGAAGGAUCCCACCUCGCCUGGGCGAGCGGCUGUCCCUAGGGGCAGGGAGGGAGCUGGAGUGACCUGCUCCUUCCCUGCCACCCUGGAACACCCCUUCAUCCAAGACCCGACCCUCUCCGCCAGCCUCCCGUGACGGUACCGCUGUGAUGGCUCCGACGCCAGUUCCCUGGUGGUUGUCCAAAGCUCUCCCUAGGAUUUCAUACGUUUUACGUGUCCUCCACCGAGUUAUGGUUGUUAUUUUUUAGCAAACGCUGUAGCCUUGAUGAGUUAUUUAAAUAAACUCACUGUUUGGCCUGGGCGCUCCA